CUGGUACUACUAAUUAGCAUGGGAAUUGAACGAUUGAUCUGUGUUAUUGCUGUAGUGAGCACAGCCUACGGUCAGCCGCCUUGGACUAUUCGCGCUAAAACUAGAGAAUUUUAUCAGAAUUUCCGUGAGUGCAAGCUUGCGGACGAUGAGUUGCGCGAGAAAAAUCCGAAGGCGCGGUUGGUCAAUGUAAAGCGACUAACAGAAUUUUUUGAACAGCGAGCCCGAGAGCUCGCAGAUGCACCACCACCUGGUAGGUUGACUCGCAGUCAAACCUUUGAUUGCUUGAGGUGGACAGCACCAGCAGAUCUUCAUAUUACACAGCCAGCCAGCUCCGUUGACCAUAAUAACGAACCGGUACUGCUUUCUUUAUGA